AGCUACUUCUGCCCCACAACAGGACCUUGGGCUACUGCCACAGGACGAAUGCUGCAUGAAUGCUUGUGAAUUGGAAGAUUCUGGCCUACAUCAUUGCCAAACUGCCAAGGUCAGAAGAAGAAUUACUCAUAUAGUGCCACCAUCCAGUGGUAUUAGAGCUGAAUUGUGAGAAAUGCUGCAUACAUGAUCAUGUCAGCAGUGUCAUGAAGUACAUUACAGUGCCGCAUAUGCUUCAUAUAUAUAUCAUAUCAUUAGCAGUGCCAUAAUUUUCAUUUCCGUGUCAGAAAACUACAUAUACAGUAUAAGGAUAAAACUUUGCUUGAGUUCAUUUCCACAUAUUAAUUAUUACAUGCACAGCCUCAGCAUUCUGUGGAUGGAUGUUUACUUGACUCCUUCAAAUAUUGUCGUGCGUUGCCUUAUCACCAAGUAUUAACACGUUCAUCUGAUGCACUGUUCAUGUAUUAUCAGCAUCUCGUGCACUGUGUCACCAUGGUAACAUGCAUCUGAAGCACUGUUCAUGUAUUAUCAGCAUCUCAUGUACUGUGUCCCUACAGUAACAAGCAUCUGAAGCAUUGUUCAUGUAUUAAAAGCAUCUCAUGCACUGUGUCACAACGGUAACAAAGGAAAUGUGUAUUUAAAUACAAAUUUAGUGUAUCAUUGUCAAUUCAUUGUGUUGGGGUACAGGCAACCAGUGUAUAUAUAAUUCAUAAUAUAAUAAUUCAUUGGGACAGGAAGCCAGCGUUUAUUCAUACACUUUUUGUCUUUUAUCUUUUUUAUUUAUUUUAUAAAAAAUUGUAUAUGCAUACAUGUAUCUACAAAAAAUUGUAUAUACUGUAUAGUGUAUACGGAUUCAAGUAAUUUAAUGUUGAAGUUCAUAGGGCUAUCCAAGUAAAAUAAUAUAUGUAAUAAGACAUACCACAGUACUAUAGUUAUAAUUAUAAUUAGCCAUCCCUCAGUGCUGUAGGUAUAUUUAUAAUUAGCCAUCCCACAGUGGAUAUAUUUAUAAGAAGACAUCCCACAGUACUGUGGAAAUAUUUAAUCAGACAUCCCACAGUACUGUGAAAAUAUUUAUAAUCAGAUAUCCCACAGUGCUGUGGAGAUAUUUAUAAGAAGACAUCACACAGUGCUGUGGUUAUAUUUAUAAUCAGGCAUCCCACAGUGCUGCAGUUAUUUGUAUAAUAAGACAGACAGACAAUAUGUUGUAUUAUAUUGCUGUAUAAUACAACAUACUUUAGUGCUUUAAAAAUAUAUCAAUUUUUUCUUUAGAAGUGAUUCAAAGGCAUAUGAUACAAUCUUGAAAAAUUCAAAUUAAAAAUCUUGCCACAGGAUUUGUUUUGACUUGUUUACAAAGUCAUGCACAGGCACCAAUUUUUAUGUUGUUGGCUGCAUGUUGAAGAGUGCAUUUAUAUGUAACUCAUUGGAUAUAUUUUAUAUAUAUACAUAUUUUAUUAUAUGAAUUCAAUGUUUUCAUACUGUUCAGGAACCAGUAAGACCAGUUGUUUAUAUAUUGUCGAUUUUGCAGUAACUUUUACAUCUUAAUAAGAUAUUUAUUUGCUUUAUAUUAAUACCAAAGAGAUUGGUUAAUUUUCAGUAAUUUGACCUUCAGUGCCAUCUGUUGACAACAGAGGUAAGACUUCAUAACCUGACUGCUCUAUGCUGGCUGCAAGGUAGUAACUUGUAUUAAUUACAUAUCCCACAAUCCAAAUGUUUACCAUCUCUAACAACAUUUGCUUUAGUAAAAUUAAAAAACUUGUGCAGAUUAAAAUUCCAUAUCACAAAUAUAUGUUAUUAAGACUGUUCUCAAAUAUUUAUUAAGCAAACAAUAAUAUAUUCAGCAAAAUAUAAGAAAAAUCUGUGUCUACUGGAAUUUACAAAUACAAUGUAGGACAUUUCAUUAGAAAAAAAAAUUGGGGAAGAGUUCAAAUAAGUUUUCAGAUUUAUACUAUCAAACAAAAUUUGAAAAAAGAAAAACUUUAUCAGCAAGGAAUGUUCAAAAAACUAUAGAAAAAAUCUUAAAAAGGUAUCGUGCAAAGGAAGCAUUCAAAGAUUUGAAGAGCACAAAACCAGUAUUAAAAAUUCAUUAUCCAAAAGCUACUUUUAGAAUAUCAAGACAAAUAUGAGUGCUCAUUUAGAAGAGAAACCAUAUAACUGUUCAGUGUGUCUAAAAGACUUUUCAAAUAAAUCACAUCUAGUAAAGCACAUGAAGGUUCAUUCAGGAGAAAAGCCAUAUCACUGUUCAGUAUGUUUAAAAGACUUUUCAGACAAAUCAAGCCUAGUAAGGCACAUGAGGAUUCAUACAGGAGAGAAACCAUAUCACUGUUCAGUGUGUCUAAAAGACUUUUCAAAUAAAUCACAUCUAGUAAAGCACAUGAAGGUUCAUUCAGGAGAAAAGCCAUAUCACUGUUCAGUAUGUUUAAAAGACUUUUCAGACAAAUCAAGCCUAGUAAGGCACAUGAGGAUUCAUACAGGAGAGAAACCAUAUCACUGUUCAGUGUGUCUAAAAGACUUUUCAAAUAAAUCACAUCUAGUAAAGCACAUGAGGGUUCAUACGGGAGAAAAGCCAUAUCACUGUUCAGUGUGUCUAAAAGACUUUUCAGACAAAUCAAAUCUAGUAAAACACAUGAGGAUUCAUACAGGAGAGAAACCAUAUCACUGUUCAGUGUGUCUAAAAGACUUCAUACAUAAAUCAGAUCUACUAAAGCACAUGAGGGUUCAUUCAGGAGAAAAGCCAUAUCACUGUUCAGUUUGUCUAAAAGACUUUUCAAAUAAAUCAUAUCUAGUAAAGCACAUGAAGGUUCAUUCAGGAGAAAAGCCAUAUCACUGUUCAGUAUGUCCAAAAGACUUCAUACAUAAAUCAGAUCUAGUAAAGCACAUGAGGGUUCAUUCAGGAGAAAAGCCAUAUCACUGUUCAGUAUGUCUAAAAGACUUUUCACAUAAAUCAACUAUAGUAAGGCACAUGAGGGUGCAUACAGGAGAGAAACCAUAUCACUGUUUAGUGUGUCUAAAAGACUUUUCAGACAAAUCAAAUCUAUUACAUCACAUUAGGAUGCAUACAGGAGAGAAACCCCAUCAGUGUUCAGUGUGUCUAAAAGACUUCAUAUAUAAAUCAGAUCUAGUAAAGCACAUGAGAAUUCAUACAGGAGAGAAACCAUAUCACUGUUCAGUGUGUCUAAAAGACUUUUCAAACGAUUCAUAUCUAAAAAAGCACAAGAGGAGGAUUCACACAACAUAAGAACAAUGUUAGUGUUCCAUUUCUAAAAGAUUUUUCAUGUAUGUUUAGUCUAUUAAGACACAUGAAACCUCAUGUAGGAUGACAAUGACAUUUUCUUGUAGGGACAAUAUGAAUUUGGGACCCCAUAACAGAUCUAUUAUUGUUUUAAAGAUUUUACAUGAACUUUAUCUAGUAUCCCUACUCUCCCAGCUGCUAAACCACGGUGACUUGGCUUUACAUGCCAAGGAAGACUAAAUACUGAUGUAAUAUACACAUUUGCAAAAGCUUUUGACAAAUGUCUCCUCCGUCGUGUUGCCUUGUCGUGGUAACCCCCUCACUGUCUGGCCCGUUGCCGCUGUGAGGGGGCUUGGUGGCCAGCUGCCGGAGUGUGAUGCUCCAUGGGUCAGUCCUCUGUCCUUUUGCAGCCUUAUG